AUGCAAUCAUCCAUUGCGUACUGCUUAGCCUUUUGUGUCUUGAUUAUUUUCGCUGCAUACCAAGCCAAUGCAAAUGUGCAUAUCGGAGGACCAGGGCUUUCAUCGAUCCAUGUUAAUACAGGAGGACACGAAACGGUGGGUACGGGCGUAAAUGUGCAAUUGUCAUCUAGAAAAAAGCGUGAUGUUUCUAAUAUUCCUUUACAACGACAACGUCGUGUUGGAGUAGUUAAAACUGCAGUCUGUGGUAAUGGCGUGAUUACAAUGGAGCGUGGCAGAAUCGUCUAAACGAAAAGUUAUUGUUUGUGUAUUGGCUUCAAGAAAUAUCGAAAAGAGAAAAGAUUUCACAAUUUGGCCUAUAGUUCAACUUUGACCAGUCCAAUUAUUGUGAAUCUUUUUUCGACGGACAAUCUUAUUCUUUCGACAGUUCUAACUAACGACAAGAUCCGAGAUGAAUCACAAGUAAUUAGGAGUGGUCGAAAGGAAUCUCAAACGACAACAUCGUUUACGUGA